UGAAAAGCGUAAGGCAGUAAAAAUGAGCCAGUUAGAUAAUGCUAAUCCUGUUAUUUACCAGGUUUCUGAAGAUCGGACAAUAGCUCCUGAAAACGAAGACGACGAUGUCAUUGACAAAAUAGAUGACAGAGAGGUUUUCGAUCUUAUCAGACACAUAAAUGAUCCAGAGCAUCCAUUAACCCUGGAGGAGUUGAAUGUGCUGGAAACCUCUCGAGUGAAGGUUAAUGAUGAUGAGAGUAGCGUGUCCGUAGAAUUCACUCCCACAAUUCCUCACUGCAGUAUGGCCACUCUGAUUGGACUGUCCAUUCGGGUCAAACUCCUCCGCUCUUUGCCUCGUCGGUUUAAGGUAGAUGUUCACAUCACUCCAGGGACACAUGCCUCAGAGGAAGCAGUGAACAAGCAGCUGGCAGACAAGGAGCGUGUGGCAGCAGCUUUGGAGAAUUCACACCUGUUAGAGGUCUUGAAUCAGUGUUUGAGCCAGAAACAGACAUAACCCCUCUUUUCAAGAAAUGUGUGCAUCAUCAGCCAUGGAUGAACACCUUCAUGAACUCAUACCUCUUCGUUGUCCGUUAGAGAUGGUCAGUCAGUUCUGAUUAAGAAUUAUCCCCUGUCAUACCCAUACUCACACUUGUUAGAUGUGGUCAGUGAGUGUCUGAUCAAUCAAUCAAACAUCACUUGUCAUACCUGUGCUUCAUGAACUCACGUUGUCAGGACCAGUUUGGGAGGGUCAGCCAGUGUCUUAUCAAGGAAUGGACACGUCAUCUGUCAGGACUGUGUUUCAUGAACUAACCUGCUAGAGAGAGUCAGCCAGUGUCUGAUCACGGAAAGAACAUGUCACCUGUAAUACCUGUGUCUCAUGAACUCACCAGUUAGGGUUAGGCAGUGUCUGAUCAAGGAAUGGACACGUCAUCUGUCAUACCUGUGCUUCAUGACCUCACCUGUUAGAUGUGGUCAGGCAGUGUCUGAUCAAGGAAAGGACAAGUCACCUAUCAUACCUGUGCGUGAUGAACUCAACUGUUAGAUGUGGUCAGGCAGUGUCUGAUCAAGGAAAGGACACCUGUUAGAUGUGGUCAGGCAGUGUCUGAUCAAGGAAAGGACAAGUCACCUAUCAUACCUGUGCUUCAUGACCUCACCUAUUAGAUGUGGUCAGGCAGUGUCUGAUCAAGGAAAGGACAAGUCCCCCAUCAUACCUGUGCUUGAUGAACUCAACUGUUAGAUGUGGUCAGGCAUUGUCUGAUCAAGGAAAGGACAAGUCACCUAUCAUACCUGUGCAUGAUGAACUCAACUGUUAGAUGUGGUCAGGCAGUGUCUGAUCAAGGAAAGGACAAGUCACCUAUCAUACCUGUGCUUGAUGAACUCUCGUGUUAGAUGUGGUCAGGCAGUGUCUGAUCAAGGAAAGGACAAGUUACCUAUCAUACCUGUGCAUGAUGAACUCAACUGUUAGAUGUGUUCAGGCAUUGUCUGAUCAAGGAAAGGACAAGUCACCUAUCAUACUUGUGCUUGAUGAACUCACCUAUUAGAUGUGGUCAGGCAGUGUCUGAUCAAGGAAAGGACAAGUCACCUAUCAUACCUGUGCAUGAUGAACUCAACUGUUAGAUGUGUUCAGGCAUUGUCUGAUCAAGGAAAGGACAAGUCACCUAUCAUACUUGUGCAUGAUGAACUCACCUAUUAGAUGUGGUCAGGCAUUGUCUGAUCAAGGAAAGGACAAGUCACCUAUCAUACCUGUGCAUGAUGAACUCAACUGUUAGAUGUGGUCAGGCAGUGUCUGAUCAAGGAAAGGACAAGUCACCUAUCAUACUUGUGCUUGAUGAACUCACCUAUUAGAUGUGGUCAGGCAGUGUCUGAUCAAGGAAAGGACAAGUCCCCCAUCAUACCUGUGCUUGAUGAACUCAACUGUUAGAUGUGGUCAGGCAGUGUCUGAUCAAGGAAAGGACAAGUCACCUAUCAUACCUGUGCAUGAUGAACUCAACUGUUAGAUGUGGUCAGGCAGUGUCUGAUCAAGGAAAGGACAAGUCACCUAUCAUACCUGUG